CCCAUCACCUCCAUCCCUCCCAAAACAAUAGGAGCCACAGCAACAUCCAUCUCUCCCCAUAUCCCUAUCCUACAAAAUCAAAUCAAACCACCCAAUCACACCGACAAAAAGUCCAAUCCAAAAAAAAAAAAUCCCAAUUCUAUUUUCACCAUUCUCAUCAAAUCGCAAACAUGCCGAGGAAAGGAAUGAGGACUCUCUUCUUCCACAACAACUCCUUAAUGUCUCCUUCCUCUUCUAUCCCAUCCUCUCCUUCCCAUACUCAGACCUCCUCCCCUUCUUACUGCCAUACUCGUCCCUCCUCCCCUCUCCACCUCUCCUUCUCCGAAUCAAUCAUGGACGGAAAUAUCGCCACCGCCGAAGCCAUCAUCACCAAAUGGAACCCAGACUCAUCUUCCUACGCGAAGUAUACAUCACUCUUCUAUGAGGACCGUGGUGAAGCGAGAGAAUUCCUACGAGUAGUAAAAGACCUCCAGCGAUCUCUGCAUUUCUACAUAAAUCAAAAUUCCAGCUCUCAGAAGCUCAUACACGCUCAGACUCUCAUGCAGACAGCCAUGAAACGUCUCGAGAAAGAAUUCUAUCAGAUCCUAGCUACCAAUCGUGAUCAUCUGGACCCAGAGUCAGUAUCUGCUCGCAGCUCAACUACAACAAGAUCGAGUGUUUCAGAUUACGAAGAUGAUUUGGGUUCUGAAGAUGAGAUCCAAAUUGCGGGUAAUUCAAUCCAGGAAGUCGAACGGGAGGCGUCAGUUGCUAUGUUGGACCUCCGAGCCAUUGCAGACUGUAUGAUCUCAUCUGGGUAUGGCAGGGAAUGCGUGAAUAUUUUCAGAAACAUUAGAAAAUCGAUUGUUGAAGAAGCAAUCUAUCGACUUGGGUUCCAACGGAUUAGUUCGAAGCUUAUACAGAAAUUGGACUGGGAGGUCUUAGAACAUAAGAUCAAGAACUGGAUGAAAGUGAUGAAGAUAGCCGUUAAGACACUUUUCUACAGCGAACGGAUCCUAUGCGAUCACGUCUUUGGUGCCUCCAACUCAAUCAAAGAGUCAUGCUUCUCUGCAAUCGCCAAGGAAGCCGCAACCCACCUCUUCAAAUUCCCAGAAAUUGUUACAAAGUGCAAGAAAUCACCUGAGAAGAUGUUCCGAUUCUUAGACCUCUAUGACACAAUAUCCGAGCUUUGGCCGGAUAUUGAGUCCAUCUUCUCGUAUGAAUCGACAUCCACCGUCCGAUCUCAGGCCAUAAACUCUCUCAUCAAACUUAGUGAAGGAGUCCGGACCAUGCUUGCUGAAUUCGAAUCGGCAAUACAAAAGGAUUCAUCACGAUCACGUGUCCCAGGUGGUGGGCUCCACCCACUGAAUCGAUACGUGAUGAACUAUUUAUGUUUCCUUGGCGACUACAGUGAAAUCCUCACUGAUAUCUUUUCAGACUAUCCAUUACAAGUGCAGAGUCCAUCACUAGUGCAGAGUCCAUUGCCAGAGGCAUUGCUUGAAAAUUCAACCACAGAGAAUAAUCCGCUAACAGCCAUCUCUACCAGACUCGAAUGGCUGAUCUUCGUCCUUCUUUGCAAGCUCAAUCGAAAAGCGGAGCACUAUAAAGACGUCGGAUUAUCAUAUCUCUUCCUCGCAAACAGUCUACAAUACGUUGUAUCGAAAGUAUGCGGCUGUAAUCUACGGUACAUACUCGGUGAUGACUGGAUUUCCAAGCAUGAAUUGAAAGUCCAUCAAUAUACAGAAAGUUACGUGCAGGUCGGGUGGAGAAAGGUGACAGCCACCACAUUGCUGCAGAAUCCAACGGCCGAGAUGGAACCCCAGAUGGUGAAAGAGCGGUUUCAGGAGUUCAAUUCAGCCUUCGAAGUUGUGUAUCGGGUCCAGUCUGGGUGGAUCGUGCCAGAUGGGAAAUUGAGGGAUGAAAUUAAAGUUUCGGUGGCGACGAAGAUUGUGCCAGCGUAUCGGGUAUUUUAUGAAAAGUAUCGGGUUUUGUUGGGAGGUGAGAGCAGUGAUUUGGUAAGAUUUUCACCGGAAGAUCUGGAGAAUUAUUUAUCGGAUAUGUUUCAAGGGAAUGGAGUAUCGGGUUCGGGUUCGGGUUCAGUAUCAGUAUCAGUAUCGAUAUCGGGUUCUUCGUUACAGUCGCAGGGGUCACAGUGAGAAGUAUAUUGAUACGGUUUUGUAUAUGUAUUUGUACUGAAACUUGUUGUAUAAUAAUACGAGAUGUUGGCCAAUUUUUGUGACGUGA